CGAGACAACCCUUACCCUCACUCUCCCUCUGUCCUCAGUCUCAGCUCCAUGAGCAGGAACCGGCCGGUGAAUGUCCCCGAGACAGUGAAGCGCGGAGAGGAGGACACCUCGGAACAAAGCGGGAUUAUUAACACAUCUACCAGAGUCACACGCUGGACAACAGGACAACACGUUGUGGUUUUACUGGACUCCUGCUGCUUCCUGGUCCUGUUGCGCUCCGGGGGCUCAGGCUGUGGCUGCAGAAGAGGAUCUCCUCCCUUUGUGUUGCUCUGCGGUUGUUUACUCACACUCCUCCGCUCCACAACUUCUGCCUCCCCUCUUCUCCCCCUGAAGCAGGAGGUUUCAUUUCUGCUUUUCUUGUUUCGGCCUAACCGGAAUGAAUGACAAAAACAAAGGAGGUUGAUGUCCAUAACACCCCGACUCACCUCUUCUUCGCCUCGCCCAAGGAACGGAGACUCCAUCUCCGGCAGAAGAUGGAAAGCGGAGGCGGGACGGAGGGCUGCGACAGCGGGCACACGCCGCACGCGGUGCCGGGGGAGCAGAAUCCCCGGGAGGAGACCACGGAGCUCCCUGCCGUGCCGUCCGCUCAGCCUUCCGGUGGUAAGAAGAAGAAGAUAAACCGGGCUCCGUCGCCGGCCAGACCGAAGGAUGUACCCGGGUGGUCGCUCACGAAGAUCCGCGGCGGGAUUGGGGCACCUACCCUGAGCGUUAAGCCCGGAGCCAUCCACCUGGGGAGCCGCAUUUCCAGGCGCAGCCCCGUGGGGAGUCUCGCAGGGAAGGACGGCAGAGCGGAGAAGAGUGGUGGCGGCAAAACGCCCGGAAAAUCCUCCUUCUCCGCCGCCGCGUUGUCCAAGAGCUCGGCGUCCAAGGCGACCAAAAGCACCGGGGGGCGGAGGAAGGUGUCGGACGCCAGCAUAGGAUCCGACGAUUUAUCCAAGGACUCCGGCUGCGCCCCGGGGAAGCUCUCCCCGACCGACAGCAGCUCCGAGCUCUCGGACUGCGCCUCCGAGGAAAACAAGCUCUCCGCGGACGCAGUGAGCAGCGACGCCGAGUCGAGGAGCAGCCGGGGCGGCGGGCCGGACGGAGACAGGCCGCUACGGAAUGGCGCGUUGUCGGAUAGAGUUGGACAGCAUGCCGCCGCCAAUAAGACCACCUGCUCAGCGGGGGAGAGGGACGACAAGGACCGGCUCACCCUUGGCGUGGAGACCGGGGAAGGGAGCAUAUCCCCCGGCGAGGAGCGCUCGGUCACCUCGUUUGACAGCAGGGUGCCAGCGAGCACGUCCCUGGCUUUCUCUGACCUGACAGAGGAGUUCAUGGACGGCAUGCAGGAGGAGUUUGUGAGGGAGAUAGAGGAGCUGAGGUCGGAGAACGAUUACCUCAAAGAUGAGAUGGAGGAGUUGAGGUCCGAGAUGCUGGAGAUGAGGGACAUGUACAUGGAAGAAGACGUCUAUCAACUGCAGGAGCUACGUCAACAGCUGGAGCAGGCAAAUAAGACCUGCCGCAUCCUGCAGUACCGGCUCAGGAAAGCAGAGCGGCGCUCUCUCCGCGUGGCCCAAACAGGGCAAGUGGAUGGAGAACUGAUACGAACACUGGAACAAGACGUCAAAGUGGCCAAGGACGUGUCCAUCUGUCUCCACAGUCAGUUGGACAGCGUGGAGAAGAAGAGGAGUCGUCUGGAUAAGGAGAACGAGGAGCUGAGGGUCCGACUGCAGGAUCUGGAGGUCGCCAAACAGGUCCUGCAGCAGGAGAUAGACAAGAACUCCCAGAAGAAAAGAGGAGCGCGACCCAACAACAAACCUGACAAGAAGCUCGGUCCACAGGAGGACAGUUCAGACCUGAAGUGUCAGCUCCACUUUGCCAAAGAGGAAUCAGCCCUGAUGUGCAAGAAGUUGACCAAGCUGGUGAAGGACAGCGAGGCCAUGAAGGAGGAGCUGGCAAAGUACAGGUCGCUGUACGGAGACGUGGACGCCUCGCUGACCGUGGAAGAGGUUGCUGACUCCCCCCACACCCGUGAGGCAGAGGUAAGAGUCCACCUGAGGCUGGUGGAGGAGGAGGCCAACCUGCUGAGUCGACGCAUCGUGGAGCUGGAGGUGGAGAACCGGGGGCUCCGAGCAGAGAUGGAUGACAUGAAGGGGCCUCAAGAUGGACCUCAAGAACUCUCUGGUGUCAGCUGUGGUCUAGGUGUGGGUCUUGGUCUCUCUGGAGGAACCAUGGUGCUCGGAGGAGGGGCUGCAUCUGAAAACGUCAUGGAGCUCCAGAGACACCUCCAGUUUGUGGAGGAGGAGGCGGAGCUGCUGAGGAGGUCUUUGAUCGAGAUGGAGGAACAGAACAAGCUCCUGAUGAACGAGAUCAACCGCUACAAAUCCGAACUCCCGCCGCUGAUGUCCACGCUGUCGUCUAACUCGCUGACGUCGCUGGCGGACGGGCUGCUCAACGACAGCCCGGUGCACACCAUACAGGAAGGGGCGGUGUUCAUCAGCACGGACGCCCCUGCUCAGGAGGAGGAGCUCAGUCUGGCGAGGCUUCAGAUUGGAGAGUUGAGCGGGAAGGUGAAGAAGCUACAGUACGAAAACCGAGUGCUUCUCUCCAACCUGCAGCGCUGUGAUCUGGCCUCCUACAAUGCUCCUUCCUCCUCAUCCUCCUCGUCUUCGUUACGACUGGCUCUGGAGACUGACGCAGAGGCCGGAGACUCAGCUGAGUGCCUCCCCACCAGCCCGCCCCACCGCAAAGAGCCAGUAGGGGGCGAGAAUGACGCCCUUGAGCUCAAGGAGCGGAAAAAGAAGUUCGAGGACAGCGCUGACGCGACGGCCUCGCUUCCCGGGUGCCUGGGGCAGAAGGACCACGAUGCUUUGCUGGCCAUGAGGGACCAGGCUCGCUUAGUUUCCACGGCGAUACAGCUCCUGACCUCCCCCGAGUCCAACUGCCUCUCCUCCUCGCCAUCCAUCUACCACAAGGUCUGCAGCAACGAUGCAGCGGAGCCGUGUGACCUCGAGAAACCUCAGCCUCACAGUCAGAUUUCUGAGCUGUCUGACCUGGCGGACCGGCCUCUGGUUGGCGCUCUGACCAGCAGGCUCCAGGCCCUGCACAACCAGCUACAAGCCUUUGUGGAGCGGGUCGACAGCCUGGGUAAAUCCUCAGCAAGUGGGCGGGACCCUCAGGUGGAAGGAGCCCCUCCCCUGGCCUCCCUCGUUUGCUCUGGGGAUGACCUGGAUAGAAUUAAUACUCCUGAGGAGAAGCAGCCUGAUUACAGGGGCCAAUCAGAGACAGACGUUAAAGGUCAAACUGGAGAAAACAGCCAAUCAGAGAUUAACGAGGCACAAAAGCAGGAAAUCAGCCAGCUGGAGCAGGAAGAGAAGGAGACCGAUGAUGAACUGCCCUCCGAGUCCAGUGACCUCCAGGCCCUGUCUGAAGCAGAGGAGUCCGCUGAGGGAGCUCAGGAGGAGCUAGAGAAGGAGAAACCGACUCAGAUAGAAACUGUUCUCAAAUUCACACAGCUCCAGGAGGAGCACCAGAAGGCUCUGCUCCGUCGGGACUUCCAGCUGCAGAGUUUGGGUCUCCAGGCUCGGCUGCAGCAGAAGCUAUGGAGCCAGGAGAGGACGCUGCUGGUCCAGGAGUCUCAGCAUCUCAAACAGGCCCUGCUACUGCUCAGCCUCAAACUACGCUGCUUCCUCAAACAGUGGCGGCUGGGCUGCAAGAAGGACACAGAAUGGAAAGACAUCUUGGAGAUGAACAGCCUGAAAGAUCUCUACCUGCUGUUGGAGGAGGACAACCUCACAAGUCCCGCCCACCAGACUGACAAAAGAUCUGCUGCUGACGAACAUCCUCUCAGCCCAACUAUCAAGUCAAGUGCCGUGAGCAGUACUUUGGCAGACCUGAGGGUGGCGUUGCAGGAUCUGAGUGGUGAGCUGCGACAGGAGAUGCAAGGCUCCCAGGAACUCACCCAGCAGUUCGCAAAGGCCAAGGCAUCAUGGGAAGUGGAGAGGACAGAACUGCAGAGCCUCAUCACACAGCUUGAGACCAAAGCAGGUAAAUCCACAGCUGCUCUGUCCUCCAGUGAUUCAAUGGAUCCUCCAGACCUGAAGGUGGCACUGAAGAGGGAGCGUGAAGAACACCAGCACCUGCUGGCUGAGUCCUAUGCAGCUGUGAUGGAUUUAACUAAACAGGUGAAUGCUGUGGAUGUGCACCAAGCUGCCAAAAGCAGUGACUUUUUUAUAUGCAGCAUUGGAAAGCUUCAGAUCGGAGAGAGGAACUGGGGCAGAGAGAAGCUGGAGCUGCUGGAGAGGUUCAGCCAGGAGAGAGCUCAGUGGGAGCAGAGACUGAGGGAGGCCACUGCUCAGCAGGGGAAGUCAAAGUCAUCAGGUGGUGACUCCUCUGCAGACGUGGUCAUUGCCAACGGAACAGGAUCACUGAGGACUAAAUCCACAUCUGAGCUGGACGGACCAGAAGUCAAUGGAGCAGCCAACCGAGAGGAGAAAACCCAGUUUCAUGCCCCGCAUCUUUUGAUUGGCCCAGAGCUAGGUGACCUCCCCAGGAAGAACUGGACCUACUUGACCAAUGAGACUCCAGAAGUCGGGGACACCUGUAAAACCUGGGAUGGUCCCAGCGGCUCCUGCAGCAGCCUGGUUGGAUCAGAGCUGGAUCUGGAGUGCGUCCAGAGAAGCUACACUGCUCCAGACCGCACCGGCAUCCGGAUCUACUACAGCCCUCCUGCUGUGCGACGCAUAGAGCAGCGGAGAAAUAAACAGGAGCCUCAGCGGGCGCAGAAUGGGAGCUCGUCCCUUCAGCCGUGUGGCUGGGAUGGUGUCGUACCUGCUGUGGAAACUCUUGAGGUUCAGCAACAACAGCCGUCAUCCUCCUCCUUUUCAUCCUCGUACGAGCAGUGGCUGAGCUCGCUGUCCAAGCAGCACAGGGAGCUGCUGGAGAGCAGGAGCGGCUGUGUCGCCGGGUCGAUUCCCAGCGUCAUCAACAACGGCAUCGGCAGCCCUGGUCACAGUGUGGUCGAUGGGAUCACAUCCUCUUCAGCUUUCCAUGGCCUGGAAAUUGGGGAGAUUUCAGCUAACCUAAGUGAUGACAUGAAGGAGAUGACCAACUGUGUCCGUCAGGCCAUACGCUCCUCGUCUCUGGAGAGGAAAUCCAGCAAGGAACCUGGAAGUCAGACGAUCAGCAUUUCCACCAGGUCCACGCAAACCUCUGCCCAGUACGUCAGUAUUGGGCUUCAAACCGACAUCCUUCCUAGCAGCAGAGGGGCGAGCUUACACUCCAAAGCCUGGUCUCCUCGGCCCUCAUCAACGGCUACAUCCUCGUUGGUGUCAGCCAGAACCCGGCAGAUAUCAACAUCACUAGAUAAAGUUCACAGCCGCAUCGAGAGGCCGUGCUGUUCGCCCAAGUACGGAUCACCCAAACUACAACGCAGAGUCUCCUCUGGCUCCACAUCCAGGCUGGAUGUGACUUCCUCCUCCAGGGACCGCAGCCUGUGGAGCCUCCAGCAGAGACCCUUGAGUGGAGGCGGAGGCUCAGCCUGGGCUCGCUCCACAACCACCAGGGACAGCCCCGUCCUCAACGGCCUCACCGAUGGCCUCUCCAGCCUCUUCAGUGUGGUGGAACACUCUGGAAGCACAGAGUCGCUGUGGAGGGGAGACGGAGGUACCAGCCAGUGUGCCAGUCCAGCACGACUGUCUCCUGCUGCAGGAAAACCCUCUGGAGGGGCAGCCUCUGGAUCUGACCCCAGCUCCCAGCGUUGCGGUGGCCUGGUCCAGGAGUUCUUCAGGAAUGUCUGCAGCAGCCAUGACCAGGGAGGAGUCAACCUGCUUGUGGAGAAAGCGCCCCUGGGCAGUCUCAGAGGUCUGGGUGUCCAUGGGGGUUUUGGCACCAUCGAUGAGCCCAAGCCAGAGUGCGUUUCAGCUGGGGUCGGAGUUCUCGGUAAUGACAGUGUCACCCGGAUAGUUAAUAAGAGGUUUAUGAGACAAACGACCGGGGAAGAGAUGGUCAAUAUCAUGGGAGGAGGGAAGGAAACAACGAGCAAUGCCGCGGCUGCAGUUGCAGGGACAGAGGAGGCACCCUGUGACUGCGCCGCCCAGUCGUCCUGCUUUGCCCGACCUUCCAGAGCAACAGCUCGCCAUUCGCUGGGGCAGUGCAAGCACCGCCCACAAGAGUCUCCGGUGGCAACAGAGGAGAAGAAGGACGCCUGCAGCGAGUGACGCCACUUCAGCUGCCACAUGCAAAGACACGCAACACACAGGAAGACACACACACAAAACAAUACUGAUUCUUCACAAACACUGAACACCACUGCCAUAAAAACACACAACUUCACCAAAUGUACAUACACACCUACAACCUGCCACACAGGCACACUGCCAGACACAACAUACACAGCUGCCACAGACUGCCCCACAAACCCACUGCCACACACAC